AUCGACGUCAACAAUUCAACCUCGUAAACGCCGGCUGCGCAUCACCACAACUCAAGAUGCGUACCUACGACGACUCCUUCAGCGGUCAGAAGAUCUACCCCGGAAAGGGUAAGCUGUACGUCCGAGGCGACAGCAAGAUCUUCCGAUUCCAAAAUGGCAAAAGCGAAUCUCUCUUCCUUCAGCGCAAGAACCCACGUCGGAUAGCCUGGACCAUCCUUUACCGAAGACAACACAAGAAGGGUCUUUCUGAAGAAGUUGCCAAGAAGCGUACCCGUCGUGUCGUAAAGCACCAGCGUGCCAUUGUCGGUGCCUCUCUCGAUGUCAUCAAGGAGCGCCGAACCAUGCGUCCUGAGGCCCGUAUGGCCGCCCGCCAGGCAGCCGUAAAGGAGGCUAAGGAAAAGAAAUCUGCCGCUGAGAGCAAGAAGAGAGCUGAGAAGGCCAAAGCUGCCCAGAACGCCGCCCGAGGACAAGGUGGCCGAAUUCAAAGCAAACAGGGUUCAAAGGGAUCCGCUCCCAAGGUCGCUGCUAAGUCUCGUUAAAUCUUGCUAGAUGGGAGGUGGACGACGGAUUUACGGACUGUGUGGUAUUACGAUGGGUGUUUGGGCCUGGCAUGCUUUUUAAAGGGGUUAAAAAAACCAUCCUUCAUAAUGAGAGCGUUCCUUCGUGAGGCCUGUUACCAUCGAUUGAUGGGUAGGCCUGGUAAAAUGAACUAUUCUCUUUUACCUAUUCCAGCAGCGGUUUCAGCCAUACCAUGCUUCUUCCUUGACAGAACUCACGACUAUCUCAAGUUAUAUCUCGCCGUUCAAACCCCUGGCGAGUUUGAUGAUAGCUAAAAAUGAGAU